UCGAGAUUAACCUCUGAGCAGUCAGACGAGACGUCUUCCGCCGACGAGUGCUUCGCUGCACGUGCACCAAAUGCUCUGUAUGUACUAGUGAAGAUGAAGCUGCUCCCGCUGCUGGUCGAAUUGGUGGUCGCCGUCGGGGCUCGGCUCGCAGAGGGGACGGACGUCUGCGGCGGCGUCCCGCUGUCUGCCGUCCUACCCCGACCGGCCGACCGUAGCCGCGUCUCCUACGCUGUGAUGUUUGACGCCGGCAGUACGGGGACGCGGAUCCACGUCUACGCCUUCGUUCACGCCCACGCAGAUGCGCUCCCCGUGUUGGACAAUGAGACGUUCCACUCGCUGAGGCCUGGUCUGUCGGCGCACAUCCACUCUCCUGAGACGGCCGCGCAGUCCGUGAGGACGCUGCUGAAGGUGGCCGAGAGCGCGGUCCCGCGUCAGCGGUGGGAAAGCGCUCCGGUGCUGCUGAGAGCCACGGCCGGACUUCGAUUGAUGUCUGCCGACAAAGCCCAAGCUCUCCUACGUCAGGUUCAGCGCGUGUUUGACGACUCGCCAUUCUUGGUGCCAUAUAACAGCGUGGGCAUCAUGGACGGCACAAGCGAAGGAAUCCUUGCAUGGAUAACUGUGAACUUCCUGUCAGGUCACCUUCACGCGCACAACAAGCAGACGGUAGGAAUCUUGGAUUUAGGGGGAGCAUCCACGCAGAUUACCUUCCUGCCCAAACUCACAGACUGCAGUGUUGAGAAAGCGGCGCCGGACGACGAUGUCGUCACAGUGGAUGUGUUCAACUCUUCCUUUGAAUUGUACACUCACAGUUACCUUGGCAACGGACUGAUGUCAGCGCGACUCUCCACGCUGCGUGCUCAUACUGUGUCAGGUCCAGUUUUCAAAAGUCCAUGUCUGCCCAAAAAGUUCCGGGGCGAGUGGAGCUUUGGGGAAGAAACUUACCAAGUGAGCGGGGACCCAGAAGGUGCAUCCGGUUACAAGGCAUGUUAUGAGAAUGUGUUGAAGACAGUCAAAGGGAUCAUUUGUCAACCACUUCGUCAUCAUCGUCCUCAUCUUGAAGCGCAAAAGACUCUUUUCUACGCAUUCUCCUUCUACUUUGACCGCGCUGUGGACGCACACCUCAUCGGUACACACACUCCAUCACUGUUAUUAAAUUUUGAUUCUGAUUAUGGCGAGUGGGCACCUCCUUCCUUUACAGACGAGGUCCAUGGAUGAAGGCUGAGGGUCCGAGACUUCACGAGGAGCGCCGAGGAGGUGUGCAAGGAGACGAGUGAAGCAGUUUUUCCCGUCAAUCCUUUCCUGUGUCUGGAUUUGACGUACAUCAGCUGCCUGCUGACGGACGGCCUCGGCUUCAGGGACGACGCGCCGCUGCGGUUGAGCAAGAAAGUGAACAACAUGGAGGCAAGUUGGGCUCUGGGCGCCACCUUGGCUCACUUUGAAAACCUCCACUUACAUCAUAGAGGACGAUGAGGAGGCGCGUGUAAUGACAUUGACAUGUUUGGAGAGCAGCGCUACCACGUCUCCGUAGGGGGCGCCCUCUGUCGUCAUGGUGACCAGUUGGUGUGGAGGGGAGAGAACGCUCACAGAAUCUGCCGGCCCUGAAGGGACGAUAACCAGCGGAAUUGUAAAUCGUCAUGUCAAGGACUUCUUUGACGCAAGCUUGCACACUUUACAGAAAAACUUCCCCUUGACCUCAAAUGUAAGUACUUGUACAAAAAACACUAUCUAAUAAUAAUAAUAAUAAAAACAUCAGUCUGCCUACCUGGUGACCUGAGCAUGGCGUGAUGGAGAUUGACAGCCUCCACACCGGUGGCCAUGGCGACCAGGCCACCACUACCGUCGUCACCGUCGGCCUCCAGAAGGCUGCUGCGCGUCAAAGCCUCUCCUGUCACACAAAAGAAAGUCAACCCUUCACAUUACGCUUUUGGUGGUCACGUUUUCACAGGGAUAUGUUCUUUUCUACGAAGAACAGCUAAUAUUAUUGGCAAACUGAGGAACGGAGACUAUCCAGUAUGUCUGUUAUACUGCCCCCUGAUGGCCAUGGCGCACACACCACAAAGUCUAUUGAACUGAAGCAAAAGUUUAAUUUCUUCACAUUCUAUUUAAUUAUGUCCUUACUGUAUGUCUUUAUAAAGUACAAUAUUAUGGGUUUCCAUUUAUCUUAAACGUGGUGAACUCGGGGUAAGCAUGUGUGCGUCACUGUCAGGGAGUUCUGGGUUAAAACCUCCAGGUUUCCGGUGACCAUUUUCAGGAAGUGCAGCUGAAUGUUUUUUUCAAACAUUUUUGGGGGUAGCGAGGUGGGCUAGUGGUUAACUCAUAGAAGUUUCUGGGUUAAACCUUCAGGCCUUCCUGUGUACAUUUCCUGUUGUGUGUGUGUGUAAAUACCCGUUUCCCUGCAUUCUGCUGCGAGGCCCUCCUCCCCGUGACGUCUCUUUAUGUGGACGUUCCUGCUUCCGGACUGAGAGAACGUCUUCCCGCAGAUCCCACAGUGGUGAGGCUUCUCACCUGGAUCACACGCGCGAUAUAGGCAAAAAGUCACUCUCUCACAUAUACAUAUUGGGGGGGGGAUAGGAUGUGUAGUGCAAGUAUUGUUGACAGUCUAAAGAAAAAGUGUAGAAGUGCAUAGGUGCCACUCAUUCACUUACCAGAAUGUACGAGCAUGUGUUUUCUCAGACUGGAAUAUUCGGCAAAGGAGCGCCCACAACCAUCUGCUUCACACACGAAAGGCUUUUCUCCUAAACACACACACAAGUUAAUAUUACACGAAGUGUCAAGAAGAAAUAAAGUACAGUGGUGCCUUGAUAUAAGUGUAAUUAAUUGCAUGACCAUGCUUAGAACUAAACACUUGCAUCACAAGUCACUAUUGAAAUGAAUGGAAAUACCAUUUAUCCGUUACAGCCUCCCACUACAGACACAAACACAUAUAUAUAUAUAUAUGUGUGUGUAUAAUUUUUUAAUAUUGUACUUUUACAAAUAGAAUGUAAAGCAAUAAACAGUUUGUGCA